UGCGCAAACAGCUGCUGCAUCUUACUAAUGGGAGACCCCUAGCCGUCCAAGUCCAACUCGCAGGAGCUUAUAAGUGAUCGAUGUUUGUGGAACAUCUGGGAAGAGACUCCGAGUGCCCCUUUCUCAUGUCUGCCUGUGAACCCGGUAAUUUGCUUUUAUUAAAGGAAAAGCAAAGGGAUUGCUGACAGAUCUUCGCAAUUGCACCAUAAUGUGUCCAGGGAAGAUCUAGAAUCUGGUCAACAAACAAGAAGAUGAAGCAUUCGGUGUGUUUAGUGCUAUUGAUCUGCUCUUCUGUGACUGCUGACGUAAAGCUGGUCUCAAAAAGAAACUCAGUGGAUGGCUGCAUGGACUGGUCGGUGGACCUGAAAAGCUAUAUGGCGUUGGCCGGUGAACCAGUUCGGAUGAAAUGUGCCCUUUUUUACAGUUAUAUUAGGACUACAUAUAACAUGGCUCAAAGCGCUGGGCUCCGGCUCAUGUGGUAUAAAACCAAAGGAGACGUGGAAGAACCAAUUCUUUUCUCAGUUCUUCGGAUGAGCAAAGAUGAUGACUCGAUAUGGAUCCACACGGCAGAGGUGCAGGACAGCGGCUUGUAUACAUGCGUAUUGAGGAACUCUACAUAUUGCAUGAAGGUAUCGAUGCCCUUGGUUGUGGCUGAAAAUGACAUGGGUCUUUGUUACAACAGCAGGCUACGAUAUUGGGAACAAGUUCAAGUAACAAAAAAAAAACAAAUCACAUGCCCUGACGUUGACGAUUAUAAAACACCAAACACAGAUCCAGAAAUUGUGUGGUACAAGGAGUGCAAGCCAAAGACGUGGAGAAGCUCCAUUAUACAAAAGGGAAAAACUUUAUUAAUACAAGAUGUUCAAGAUGAAGAUGCAGGGAAUUAUACCUGUGAACUUAAAUAUGAGGGAAGACCAGUCCGACGGACAGUUCAACUAAAAGUAACAGCUCUUGUAACAGCGAAGCCUCCUCAACCGUUGUUCCCUGUGGAGAACCAGCCAAGUGUUAUAGAUGUCCAGCUGGGCAGACCACUAACCGUAUUCUGCAGAGCCUUCUUUGGAUUUACUGGAGACAACGCACCCCAGAUCUACUGGAUGAGAGGAGACAAGUUUAUAGAAGAAUUAGAAAAUCAUAUUAAAGAAGGGGUAGUCAGGUUACUUAAGGAACACCUUGGGGAGAAAGAAGUGGAAUUAGCGCUCAUAUUUGAUAUUAUUCAAGAAAAAGACCUGGGAAAUUACAGCUGUCACGUAGAGAACAAAAAUGGGCACAAUCAUGCCACAGUCAUCUUGCGUACAAGAGGUAUAAAGUAUAACAUUGAACUUGCUGGAGGUCUCGGUGCGAUCCUUCUUGUAUUUAUUUUAUUUGUGAUCAUCUAUAAAUGCUACAAUAUAGAAUUAAUGCUCUUCUACAGACAAAAUUGUGGCAGUGAUGAAGCUGCAGAAGACAACAAAGAAUAUGAUGCCUAUCUCUCGUAUACCAAAGUGGACCCAGACUCACUGGACAAUGAAACUAAGGAGGAGGAGCAAUUUGCCUUGGAGAUUCUCCCAGAUAUUCUAGAGAAACAGUAUGGAUACAAGCUCUUCAUUCCAGACCGGGAUAUGAUUCCUAGUGGGACAUACAUGGAGGACCUUGCUCGAUGUGUGGAGCAAAGCAGAAGACUAAUCAUUGUCCUGACACCAGAUUAUGUGAUCAAACGAGGGUGGAGUAUCUUUGUGCUUGACAGUCGACUCCACAACAUGCUGACGAGCGGAGAAAUCAAAGUCAUAUUGAUAGAAUGCACUAAUUUAAGAGGAAAAGUGAACUAUCAAGAAGUGGAGUCGCUCAAGCAUGCCAUCAGACAUCAGUCUUUAAUUAAGUGGAAUGGUCCAAAAAGCAGCAAAGUCAAUUCAAAAUUUUGGAAGAAUCUAGUGUAUGAAAUGCCAGCAAAAAGGAGAGAGGUGCUGUCACGGCAGCACGUCAUGGAUAGCGGGGAGCAGAGUCUUUUUGGAGAUCUACAAACUGUGCCCUCCAUCGCUGUAACAGGGUCAUCUGGUACAUUGCCCAGAUCCCAAGGCGAUAUGGACGGCUUUCACCCUGUAGAAUCAAUGCAGAUGAGACAUUUCUGCAGAGCUUACGAGUUUGACAAAUCAACUUCACCUAUGUCAGUAUCAUCUCUGGGCAAUCACCACACGUACUGCAACAUACCAUUAACCAUCUUAAAUGGACAGCUGAACCACGGCAGUGCCGGGAAGGACCCACAGGAAUUCCAAGGAAACAACACAUUUUUACCCGUAUCAUCCAGAGAACUAAGCUUCACCAGUGACAUCUGGUAAUAUAUGUCUGGUUUUUGCGGUUGACGCGUCCCUUUUCCUGACCUAAAGCUUACGCUACAGGGGUGCCGAAACAAAUUUUCAAGCACUGGCACAAAUACUCUGUUUUGUAUUUGAACAUUUUGUUUACAUUGACGGGAUAUUAUUAUUAAGGGUCCUGUUUUUUUUUAGUUUCGACAUAGUCUAAAAUUUUACUGCUUUGUUGAAGAAGAAAAAGUACAGUAUUCCAGUUAUAGAUAUAUAUAUAUAUAUAUUUUAGAUUAGAUGUAAAAUUUGGAAAGAUUGGAGUACGCUCUUGAGAAGACUGGGUAUUUACAUACACGUAUAUAUAUUUCAAAUUCAUUUCAAUACAUUUGAAAAAAACUAUGUUACGUUUAUUUUCGACUACUUAUGCAAAUGUCAUAGCACAUGGAGAACAUUUUGUAAAGAUGAUUGUGUAAUAAGAAAAAAGGAUUGAAGUACCUCGGAGACUGUCACUUGUAAAAUUAGUUUCAGAAAAAUAAAAUGCACAAUGAUGU